AAGGAAGAUGUAAAGAAAGAUGGCGGCCUCUUAUGGGUCGGGCUUGCAAAGCCCCCCUCCUAUAGGGAGGCCUGUUGAUCGCGUAUUUGAGGAAGCACAGUUCACUGGAGAGGUUUAUCUAAAUGGAAGAAAGCUCCGGGAUUAUCCUAAGUUAUGCAGUAAAUAUGAUCUGAGUGAUACUAUACAUGUUGGUGAGUCAUAUUGUCGACCCCGGCUUAACUAAAGUUAAAAUCUUGAAUGAAAGUUGAUAAAUAGUAAUUUAAUAGUAUAGUAGGCAGGCCUCCUGAACUGAUGAAGCGAAACGGAAGAAAGAAAAACAAAUGCUUACAGUAUUACUGCCUAUACUUAGACUAUACUUAUAAGAUACUAGCUUUUAUUUUUGACUUUGAGCUAUGAAUUAAAUUUAAUUACUUUUAAUUAAUGAAAAUGACUGAAAAUAUGAGUUUGCCCUUUUUGUUUUGUUUUUGGUGACUCAGUCCACUAAAGCACUAAGGCCUAAGGUCCACUAUGAAUGAAUAUGUAACACCAGUACUAUUUGACUAGUACUAGUUACUAUGGGCUGCACCAGCUCAUUUUGUGACCUAUUCUAAUUCUGUUGAUUUCAUUAUGACAAGGGACUCAAUGAUUUGUUGUCCCCUCCCCAAAAUUAUAAAUUAUUUUGUUUCUUAUUUUUGAAUUGAAAGUGUGUGGGGGGGGGGGUGUUUGGUGGUCUCCUCUCCCUCAUAAAAUUAUGCUGAAAGUGCGACAAUAUAGCUUUGAAUACAAAACAGGUACUUUUUAAGCAAUUAAAAGACAUCACUUUUAACCAUGAGCAUGUCUUUUUCCCAGUGUUCAUUUUGGGGUAUUGGCAAGGAUGAGUUUCUACUUUUAUUUCAUUUGAACCUUGUAAGAUUAAGUUUAAAUGAAUGUAAAAUUUCAUUUUAAUUUUUUUCAUGUUAACUGUAUCCAUUGUCAGUUUAAGUUUAUGAUGAGAAAAAUGCAUAGGAACAGGAAAAUUAUUCAACAACUGGUCCUGUCACCCUAAGUCCAGUGUUGAGAUUCCCCAAAGUGAUGUCACUUCGCUUAGGGCUUAGGGUGAGACGACUCUUGGCAAAACCCAUGAUGCUAAUUGCACAUUUACCAACUAGUAGAUUUUGUCACUUUGAAACUAGUAGGCCAACCAUAAUCAAGACUUUAAAAAAUGCAACCCCUUCUGAGUCCUCUCACUGUAUUUCUGGGGAAAGUAAAACAUGCAUUUCCUUGUUUUAAAAAAAAAAUAUAAAAACAAUUUUGUAACCUCUUCAGUGUUUGAGAUAUAGCCAAAAUGUAGGCAUGGACAUAAAAAUUACCUAGUGGCUAGUCUUAGUACUAAAUUAUUAUGGAUAACUGAAGUAAGAGGCACAAGUUCUUUAACUCCUGCCCUCCCACCAUCUCAAUCUGUUUCAGUUUAUCUAUAGACAAAUAUGGCCUGCUGGGCUAUUAAAUAAAGUCUCUGUAGACCAUGCUGAAAAAUUAUGUCAUGUUUUUUUUUUCCGUUUUACACGAGUGCUGCUGGCUGUUUUAGAGUAGGGAGUAUAAUUAUCAUACCAUACAUACCAUAGAGUAUACAUUAUACAGUGAACUUCAGUUGUCACCAGGAUAAAUAUAACUAUUGUGAAAUCCAGAAAGUUCAAUUUAUGAAAACACUGCAAGAAUGAUUAUAAAAUAUUGUGAUGAUGUUUUCAUAGACAUUAAUAAUGAGAAAUCAUUGCCUUCGCAAAUUUGUUGAUGACAGUUGGCUUUAUUACUAAGAGAUAUACAUAGGCUAUUAAUGAAUGAUGAGAGUUUCAGGAUAAUCAUUGCAGAAUUUGUGCACCCGUUCUCAAAAUCUCCUGAAGCAACCCCUCCGCUCUCCCCAGAGAUCACACAGUAUAUGUAACAACUUUUCCUAGCUAGCUUAGACAUUUUAAGAAUUUAUAAGUAAAUUGUUAGGUAUAGAUUUAUCACCAACUUGUGGGUGCAGGGUUAGUUAGCUAAAGCCACCAUUUUUUUCUAGGGAAUUGGUCUUUUUAUUAAAUGGCAGGAAAAUGUCUAAUUUCAAUGAAAGACUCUUGUACUUAAUUUUUUUUAGUUUUUGGACAUCUUUGUUUUGAAUAUAACUAUUGAAACAUUUUUUGUUAAAAAGAAAAGCAUAUAAUGGUUAAAUGACCUGCAUUGUUGCCACUAGUCUUCUUUGACUCAUACAUGUAGCAGUGAGGGUGUUCUGUCACUUACUAGCUCCCAGGCCUUUGGUUAUCGUAUUUAUGACUUUGUGGAACAACUUGCAAGUCAUUGUGCCAAGUUUAUUAACAUUUGUGAAGGACAUUACAGUCACUGCUAAGAACUACAAUAAGAACAUUAUUAUUAUAAUGUGAUUGUAUCCUGCAAAUUUUACUUUAAGAUGUGUUCAAAACUGGAAAUAAAUUGUAAGCGCACUUUUAGUCCUUAAUAAUAUAAAAGGCAGGCUAAUUUUAAAAAAUACAUGUUUACCCUGCAGGGAUAUGCAUUUUUUGCCAUUAUAUUAAUUUUAAUUAGAAUAUUUUAAUCAGUGAAUCUCUUUCUAUUUCCAGAUAUUUCCAGAAAUCGUCUAGCAGAACUUCCUCAUGAAGUUUGUGAGUACUUAUUUGUAGAGAGGGUCAACUGUUAUCAUAAUGUCAUCCGCUCCAUUCCCGAUGCAAUACAAAAAUUACAGUCACUUACACAUCUUAAUCUAAGGUGAGUAGAUUGGAAUAAAUUUUUAUAAGCACAAAUGUUUGAAGCUAGUUCAAGAGAGUUCAUUAAUUUUGUGAGUUCCAUGUGGUGAAUAAUUUUUCAUACCAUUAUACAAUAGUGAAACUAUUUUAGUUUUGUAUUAGCAGUUACAAUUGUCCUUUGUGCCCAAGAGGGUGUAUCAGAUGGCAAUACAUUUUAAAGGCACCAGGAUUAAACAAAAUAAAUUGAUAACGAUAGUUGCCGUAUUUCUUCAAGUAAACUUUUUUUUUUUUUACUUGAUAAUAGAUAUAGAUUGUCAUCUUUCUGCAUUAUUUAUUUAUAUUUUAAAAAAUCUGGUCCUUAUUUCAGUCUUGCUGAAUAUGAAGCAGCACAUGGUAUGGGAAUAUUUGAAUAUUGCUGACUAUAAAGCAGCACAUGGUAUGGGAAUAUUAGAGAAAAGACUAAACAAUAACAGAUAAGCCAAAAGUCUUGUUUUGUGAACAUUAUAAGUAAAAAAAGAAAGAUAAUACGAGAUAGAAUAUAACUUAGUUUAUGGUAAGUUAUCGCUAAGUUCAAGAGGUACCCCAGAAAUGGUAGAAAAACCUAACAUCAUGGUAGAGGAAAAUAGGGAGAUAUGCAGUAGUGAGUCCAAUGAUUUAUCUAAUGUCAUUACUGCUAGUGUUCAUCUUUGAACAAAAUUUCUCAGAUACCUAAAGCUAGCGACAGCAAAAUGGGCUAACAAGAAACAAGAAUAUUUAAGAGUUUUGACAUUUGAGAUUAGCUUGCAUGAAGUAAAAUAUAACUUUAUAGAAAUUUAUACCAUAAAUGUAGUCAUGAAAUUCGUUGAAUGAGCGGCAUUCACUUUUAUUUUUCAACUUUUCUUCAAUUAAAUAAUAACUGAAAGAUCCUUUGAAGUGGAACAUUUGUUAACCAUCAACUGGAAUUUUAAUUGUUUAAAAUUUGUCCCUUUUAGUCGUAAUCAGAUGACAGUUUUGCCAACUGCCUUGUGUUUCUUGAGUGCACUAGAAGUUUUAUCAGUCAGCAACAACAAACUGGUGUCUCUUCCAGAAGAGAUUGGAAAACUGGAAAACUUGAUGGAUUUGGUAUGUAUAUUUUCAUUAGGAAUAGAAACUUGCUGAUCCUAAAUAAGUUUCAAUGAAAUCUUUGAACUUUUAAAGCUUAUUAACUCUUUCAGUAUCAUAGAGCCCGAUAAGAAAUUAUCUUCAGUACCAAGCAAAGGGAAUUAACUCAUUUUUAAGGAUUAAGUUGCAGAAUUAAAAAUUGUAUUAAAAAUCAAUCUGUCAUCCAAUCUGAAAAAAACAAACUAUUAGUAUAGAGAAAAAAAAAAAUUAAACGUUAGGACCAUUUACUCAUAAAUUUCUUCAUUGUCAAUGGAACGCAUUUGGUCAAACCAAUGAGAUAUAUUAACAUUGUCAUCAUCUUCUGACCCAUCUGGGAUAUCAAAAUAUUGAACUACAUCGUAAUUAAAAUCACUUGUAUUGCCAUUAUCUACUUCAGCAUCUAUUUUUGUAUCAAAUUCAUAACUUUUGACAAUAACAACCAAAUUAGUUUCAGUUUGAAGUGAUCUCGAAGGGCAAACGCCAUUAAGCUUGGAUCUACUGUCGGAAAAGCUCUAAAAAAAUCAAAAGUAGUGUAAAAUCAAGUACACUGCCACCAAACCCCAAUAAAACGAGCUUGAGACUUCCUUUUUAUAAAUAGACUCUUUGUAACUCAUUAAAGAAGAGUUACUUUCACUAGGCAUUGUUAAAAAUGGUGUGUUGUUUAGGUUGGGAUUAGGCCUUAACACGACUGAGGUGUAAGGGCCGGAAAGCCAUAACGCGACUAAACGGAUAAAAGAUAAAAUUCUUGAAAGAGAAAAAAUAAGAUUUACAAAGUUAUAUAAAGAAUUAUGCCAAGAUAGCCUAAAAAAGAAAAUAUAUCUUCUGGAGUAAUUAAAUAGGGUUUAAAAAAACAUGCUUUUCUUUCCUUACACAUUUUUUCUUGUCUCUACAGGAUGUAAGCUGCAACGAAAUCUCUCAUUUACCUUUACAAAUAGGAGAUUUAACCUCCUUGCGCAGUCUCAAUCUCAGGCGCAACUUUUUAGUCGAAUUACCAUUAGGUGAGGAUUGAUUUUUAGAUACAUUAAAAUUAGAAUUACCAUUAAGUCAUAAUGUCGCUAGAUUCAUUAAAAGUAAAAUUACCAUUAGAUGAGGAAUAUUCUAGAUUUAUUAAAGUAGGAAUUAUCAUUAGGUGAGGAUAAUUCGAGAUUAAUUAAAAAUAGAAUAUCAUUAGUUAAGGAUUGAUUCUAGAUGAUUCUCAGCUCAAUAAAAAGCUUCUGCUCCAUGUCUCUCUGAAAGCUCUUUUACAACAUUUUCAAAUUGAUUAACUAAACAAUAAAUGAGGGUAAAACAUUAAUGGGAUUGAUCUGGAUAAAUCCUAACAUAAGAAGCACUAAUUUACAGUCUUUGUCAAAGACAUUUUCUACAUUUGUCACCCAAAUGAAUUCAUGUCUUUCAAAAUGAGAUAACAGAUCAUUAAAAGAAAAGGCUGUAUUGUUCGUGAAAGAAUGUUUAUUUUUUACUGCUAGAAAUCAGUCGGCUCCAGCUGUUCAGGCUGGAUUUCUCAAGUAACAGAAUAGAGAGUAUCCCGACAGUUUUUAGGAAGAUGGAAACAUUGGAGCAACUUCACCUGGACAACAACCCAUUAUCAUCACCACCAGCUUAUGUAAUGUCCCUUACUUGUUUCUCAUCACUCUUUUUGUCACAAACUUGUUUCUUAUCAAUCUGUUGUCACUAAACUGUUUCACAUUGAACUGUUUGUCCCCAACUUGUUUCACAUCAAUCUGUUUGUCACUAACUUGUUUCACAUCAAACUGUUUUCCCCCAAACUGUUUCUCAUCAAUAUGUUUGUCCCCAAACUUGUUUCUCAUCACUGUUUGUCAUUAACUUUUUACUCAUCAAUCUGUUUGUAACUAAAUUGUUUCAAAUCAAACUGUUUGUCCCCAACUUGUUUCUCAUCAAUUUUUUGCUAACAUGUUUCACAUCAAUCUGUUUGUAAAAAAUAUUAGAUAUAUUUGGUUUUAAGAUACUAUUUUAAGGGAAUCCUUUAUACCUUAUGUAAUUGCAUACAAAUUUAACAAAAAUUUACCUUCUAAAACAGAUAUGCACAAAAGGAAGGCAGCACAUUAUGAAGUAUCUACAAAUUCAAGCUAUUAAGGAAGACAGAAAGAGGGGCAUCAUGGCCAACAGUGAUUCUGACAUGAAACGUUUUGUGAGAAAAUCUCUUCCGCCCCAGCAGUAAGUAACUUUUGUGUUUCACGUACGUUCAUUCUCAGGCAUUGUAUCAUUGAAUCUUUGAAUUAUUUAUUGAUAAAACAAACACAACAACAAAAAAAAAAUUACAUUCUCAAAAAAAUUAAUGACUGAAAUUAAUUAAAUACAACACAAGAAAUUUUAAAGAAAGAGAAAAUUUAAUGUUAAAUUUGUGUAAAUGAACUAAGAAAAUUAAAAUAUAAAGCAAAGCGGUAAGUAGAAAUCAUCUGUUAUUUGACAGGCCAUCACUAGUCUAUUUAUAUAUUAUCUGUUAAUGGACGAAUCGUCACUAGUUUAUUUAUAAUCUUCUGUUUUCAUAUUUUAUAUGUGAUCACUAGUUUGUUUAUAUAUCAUCUGUAUUCAUGUUUGACUGGUCAUUACUAGUUUAUAAUAAAUAUCAGGGUUAUGAAGAUGAAAUUUCACACCAUUCAAUUUGAAAAUUUUUCUUUCAUUCAGACCAUCAGAGGAUUUCCGAAACAUGCUUGGUGGUCCAGAAUCUAAAUGGAAGAGACACACAGUUCUUAGCAAUGAUUCAGGGUACAGCACGUGUGAUGGAACAGAAAGGAAUGGCUGGCAGAGUGCAGAGGUAAACGUCUUGUUUUCCCUAUUUCUAGUUCUGUUGAACUAAUCCUUCUUAAUUAAAACUUGUUGCGGUUCAUAUUAAGAUGAAAAAUGUGCCUUUUUUACAAGACUGUUAAUCCUCCCCCCGAGCCAAUUAAUUUUCAAUUUCUAGUUAUUGAAUUAAAACUAACGAGUACAUUGAUACCCAUUACGUGGAAUCCUUUAAAAUAAUUGAUGUAAGGAAACAGGUUUACAAUUAUUCACAUCAUCUUGUAGCAAUUUGCUGAUUGCUAUGGGAAAAAAAUGGUUUUAAACUUCUCUCUUUUGAGUAAUUUGUUUUCAAGAACAGACAACAGCAUGAGUUCAAAUAUUUUGUAACAUUCUUUAGCUCAGCCUACAUUUCUUAAUUACAUUUUAUUAAGUUUUUAAAUGGAUCAAGAUACACAUUAGCUUAUUCAUAAAUGAAACAUGCUAUUCAAUUUAUCUUACUGUAAUUUAAAGCUUAUUCAAAUAAUUCAUUAUUUCUUUUUGCAUUGAAUACGUUUUUUUUAUUAAAGUGAAAGGGAUCUUUCUAGAGAGACAGCCCAAGUUGUAGUCAUUAAUUGGUUGAAAUGGUUUAGUGUAGAGCAGUGUUUUUCAACCGUGUAACCCUGAGGAAAAUCUUGAAAUAUGAGCAUGUCUCAAAAAUAGAAAUACAACCAAAGUGGUCAAUAUUUUUCUGUUUCAUUUAAAACACUUAAAUUCAUCAAGAUUUCUAAUGGAAUCUGAAACACCAUCUCAUCAAACCUAAAGGUGCUGGGUUGUUACGAUUCAGAAACAUUGCAUUUAGGGUUGCACCAUAAGUUAAAUUGUCAGAUGCCAGUUAACUGGCAGCCAAUUAUUUCAAUCUGUUUGGUGUUUUGAAAAUGGGGGCACUGUAGUUAAUUUUGUGUGUAAAGUAUUGAAAUAUUUUAGAUGAAAUAAUUAUAGAGCUUUUGAUUGGGAUGUCAGUAAUUUCUGUUAUAAACAAGAGAAGAAACUGGUUCGAGUCCCAUCACGUUAUUGAGACAGUGGUUAGCAUCACAUUACGUUAUUGAGACAGUGGUUUUUACCACAUCAUGUUAUUGAGACAGUGGUUAGCAUCACAUUACGUUAUUGAGACAGUGGUUUUUACCACAUCAUGUUAUUGAGACAGUGGUUAGCAUCACAUCACGUUAUUGAGACAGUGGUUAUUACCACAUCAAAUUAUUGAGACAGUGGUCAGUGUCACAUCUAGUUAUCGAGACAGUGGUUUUUACCACAUCAUGUUAUUGAGACAGUGGUUAGCAUCACAUCACGUUAUUGAGACAGUGGUUUUUACCACAUCAUGUUAUUGAGACAGUGGUUAGCAUCACAUCACGUUAUUGAGACAGUGGUUAUUACCACAUCAAAUUAUUGAGACAGUGGUCAGUGUCACAUCUAGUUAUCGAGACAGUUGUUAUUUCCACAUGAGGUUAUUGAGACAGUGGUUAGCAUCACAUCAAGUUAUUGAGACAGUGGUUAUUACCACAUCAUGUUAUUGAGACAGUGGUUAGCAUCACAUCACGUUAUUGAGACAGUGGUUAUUACCACAUCAUGUUAUUGAGACAGUGGUUAGCAUCACAUCACGUUAUUGAGACAGUGGUUAGCAUCACAUCACGUUAUUGAGACAGUGGUUAUUACCACAUCAUGUUAUUGAGACAGUGGUUAGCAUCACAUCACGUUAUUGAGACAGUGGUUAGCAUCACAUCACGUUAUUUAGACAGUGGUUAGCAUCACAUCAAGUUAUUGAGACAGUGGUUAGCAUCACAUCAAGUUAUUGAGGAACAGCACAGAAAUAAGCACAACUUAUAAAUCAUCUGCUGAGUAUUUUUAUGACUGAAAACUCCAGAACAAAAGAAAAAAAAAAAUUUAAAUAAACCAACAGUGGAAAUAAGAGACAUAUAUGGCAUACCUAGAGAUUUGAACAUCUUUUGUUUUGGUAAAAACUCAGUGAAACCCUGUUAGAAACAUCAAAGAUCUUAUUAAAAGGAUCUACUUUUACAUGUGUUGUCUAAUAGCCGAUUUAUUGGUUUAAAAAGGCUGAUAUUGGUUAUCUGCUGAGUUUUUGUUGCAACCCUAAUUCUGUAAUAGCUGUAAUAAGUGUAUUUAUUAUUAACUGUAUAAGCCGAAGGAAGUGCUGGUAGAUAUAGAUGCACAUGGUGGAAUUGACCUGAAGUUAUUUAUUCAAUGCUUCCAAUUGUUGGUGGAUUCAAUAUCUUUCUUAGCAAAUUGUGUGUGGUUUUUGUUGUUAUAAGAGAACAUUUUGGCCCACAUAAACCAAAGCAAUUUGAAACUGGGUUAAAAAUGGUAAAUCUUAAAUGAUCAACGAUAGAGUUUUGUGUUUCUAUUUUAAAAUUUAUUAGUGAAACUGAAAGCCACAGUUGAGAAAAAAGCAAUAACACCUUCCAAGCAACUACUAUUAGUGUCAAGAAUUUAAAUACAAUUUUUUGUCAAUUCACAUCUUUAUUAAAAUGAUAACAACGCAAUUUAAAGUUCUGCCACUAUGUGUAUACCAAUGCACAAAACUGUACUGAAGGCUUGGCAACCAGAGACCUUGGCUCAGGGCUUAACUUCAUUUAAAGAUGUAAAAAUCGCAAUCUCACGCUCCAAAGUUUUCUCAAAUAAUGUAGCGAAAUAAAUUAAGGUAGAAAUAUUUUUUUCCCUGGGAAACCACUCAAACAUAGUGGGGUUAAAUAGUGGGGUAAAAAAUCAUUGCCAUGGCUGUGGGUACUUGUGAAUAUAUUAAAUAAUAAAAGACCACCAAAGGAUUUUAGUUUAUAACUUAUUAGUUUCUAGUGUCUGAUUUGUUUAUUUUAUGUUUUUUUUUUUGUUGCAUGUUGUCACUAGAUGUUGUACUAAUAUUUGUUGUUGAUUUUUUUUUUCCUCUCCAUCUCCCUUUAUCUGAAAAAACAAAAAAAAUCUUCCUCACCUUGUGUAAUGAAACCAAUGAACUUUGCACUGACCUGAUGAUGGCAUUGCCUCUUACACUAUCUGAUACAAAAAAAUAAUAUAUUCUAUGCGUGAAUCCCAAACUUUGGCAUGUGGCUUGACUUGCUGUUUGCACUUGGUUUCCUAAUAAUCUGGCCGCUUAUCCAUUUAUCAAAAUACCAACCAAUCGAUAGGUUUACCCUUUGAGCAAUGAGAACAAUCACGUCCACAAUGAUAUCAGAGUCAACCAGUCACAGAGCCAGAUCAGUUCAUACAACUACCACCAACCUCAUCAUCAUCAGGGCAACUCUUCAGCGUCCAUGAAUCGUAGCGGAAUCACUGGUUUGCAGCAACAGCAUUUCUCACCGUCUACUAUAUAUGAGCACGGCAGCUUUGAGUUGGUGAGGAGUGGCCGCGUGUCACCUGGGCCUGCAACAACCUCAAUAUACCCACAGAACAUUACUCGUUCAUACAAUGAAAGCUCAUCCCAUCCACUGCAUCGACCGCCUCCUUACCCUAACAUCCCCACCUCAUCCUCCCACAAUUCAGCUACCUCUCACCCCUACCCGCCGUCCCCAAGUCUUAGUAAACACAGGGUGGGCUCCCCUAGUCCUUCUUACGUCAGACCUGGUAACAGUAAUCAAAAUGCCGUACACAACAGGUCAUUUAGCCCCCUCCCCAGUGACGCCGGCUCCGUUGAGCUGCGACAAAGAAGCUACUCUGACUAUCCGACCAGACAGCGCUCCUAUUCACCUUCAGUGUCCAUGGUGCAGCAAACCCUUUCACCGGCACUUUCAGGCCAUUCAAUCGCAGACCCUCCAUCAAAUAAAUACUCCAGUAUCAAGUCAACAUCAGACUAUUCCACUGGCAAUCACCUGAGCUCAUUUGGAGCCUCCUACACAACCAGCAAGAAGGGCUUCUCUGAUUAUGGUAGGAAUUCGUAUCUUCAACCUAAUGAAUCAGAGCAGGAAGGUGGGUCUAGCCCUCCUCUAACGCCACCCACACCACCUCUGAUCAUGACAGGUGACAUGGAGGAUGAAUUUACCAGGGUCAGUUUAGUCAUUUUCAUUUAAGACUCAUUUUCACCAAGGCUUUUCUUAUUUUCAUGAUAUUUCCUUAGUUUUGAAUUUUUUUUUUUUUUUUUUUUUUUUUUUUUUCUUUUUUUUUUUUUUUUUUUUUCCCCGCUGCUUUUUUUUUUUUUAAAAAAUUUCCAUUUUUUUUUUUUUUUUAUAUGUUUUUUUUUCUUUUUUUUUUUUUUUUUUUUUUUUUUUUUUUUUUUUUUUUAUUUUUUUUUUUUUUUUUUUUUUAAUGUUCACAUUUCAUUUUGCUAUUCUGUCACCAGCUGCAUUCUUUCAUUUAAAAAAAUUUCCGCCAACCAUCAUAUCCCCAUGUAACUAUCCUAACAUUUUUUUAAUCAUUUCAUUUAGAAUAAAAUAUUUCUAUUUGAAUGGCAGACCUGCCAAUUUCCUCUUAACAAUUACAUUCUGUAAUAACUCCUUUACCAGGAGGGUCUAUGGUAAAUAUUUUUCUUUAUAGUUCAUGAAACUGAAAUUUAAUGAUUCUAACAGUCAAAAACAAAACACCAGUUAUCACAGACAUAUUAUCAGAAUAUAAUAUAAAUUCAAAUUAUAUUUUUACUGGACUUAUUUCAUAUUAGAUCUUUUGAAGGAAAAAAAAACCCAACUAUUUUAUUGAAUUUUGCUGAAUUGGAUUGACUUAAAAUGAUUGUAUUUGUUGAUGAUGUGUGGUGGUAGGUUAGUCCUGGGCAUUGUGAUCCAAGACAUGCACAGCUCCCCAUUCUCACAUGUAAACACCAAAUCUGGAUUGGAAACUUUGCCUCUAGCUUGUCUUUUCUUCCUUUUGCACUAAGGCUGCAUUGAGGAGCAGAUUUAUUUAAUGCAUUAUUUUAAAUUUUAAAGUUCCUAUGCAAGUAAGUAAAGGAUGCUGAGAUUUCUAUCUGGAUAAUUUUCCAUUCCCAUUUUUUUUUUUUUUUUUGGUAUUUAAAUUAAAGAAAUGGCAGGUCUGCCCAGAAUUAACAAAGUUUUUAUGCUUAAAAAAAUCAGUUAGUUAUCAGUUCAUAGUUAAAAUAAAUUUCAGGUCAUUGUCUUCAAAACCACAUCAAUCAUAAAUUUUUGUUUAAAAUCUAGUAAUUUUAAACUAUCAGGUUUUAGUGGGUUUUUUCUUUGCAUUUAAUCUUUCAUUAAAAUAAUGGUAAUUAUGUGGCUAGUGGUAAUGUUUUAAAAUUUACUUUGAUUUUUUUUCUUUAUUUUUGAGAUCGAUUUUAAAAAAUAGAAAAUUGUAAUCAUUUGCAAAUAUAAAGAAAUCCUGUGUUAUCUCAACAUGAAAGACGUAAAAUUUCAGUUAAAGCUGCAUAUGUGUGUCUAUUGUUGAACUAGGCAGUCAGUAUAUAAUAAAAAUGUGUAUGCCCGUUACAUAAAUCACUUAUUCUAAUAUUUAUAUUUUCCUAGCAAUAGGAACAGUUGUAUUGCUCUCCUGAUCAGACUAAAUGAUUAGAAGAACAGUUGUUCCAAUCAGAAUAAGUCAGUAUAUGAUGUUAAAAUGAAAAAGAAGUUAUGAUACAUGCCAUCAAAUUGGAACAUUUGAAGCUUCACAAAUAGGAUUCAUACAAGUAUACACACGUCAUUGUGUGUUAGAUUAAAUUAGACGAAAAACAGUUUGUGUAAAUAAAACUAUAUAUAUUAAGCUUUAAUAAUGAUUAUGUGAAGUAAUAAUGUGCACGUUUUGGCAAAUGCCUUCAUUACUAAAAAAAAAAAAAAAUUCAUAUCAAUUUAAAUUAUCGCAGUCCAACACUCUUAUAAUAUGUUAGGUUAGAUACAUUCUUGAUAUUAAAAACUACGUUGUACUUUGAGAUGUUUUAUUUUUUAAAAUAAAUGUUGUUAUUUCAAAGUUAAAUUUCAUGUUAAUAUGUUAAUCUAAAGCUAUGCUGGCUGCAGUUUUAGCUCCUUGCUAAUCAGUUAUUCAAUUAACCCUUUUAUUUUUAUUUGAUCAGCUUAUCUAGUCUAUUUCCAAAGAACACUUAUGCACGUAGACUUGGUCAGUCUAAGAAUUAUUGAAAUCUUGCUUAUAGCAUGCUAGGAAACAUUUUCUUUUUUUAAAAUAAAAUAUUCUUUCAUAUUUCUGUUUCUUUCUUUAGUGUUUUGAAUUUUGGGAAUCGAAAAAAGUUUUGGGGAAUUUUGCGACGUAGAUAUGUAAGAAAGUUUUGUAGUUUUUUAGCUGGGAAAUGAAAAGAAAAUAUGUUCCAGCUAAGACUUAUUUAAAUCCAUCCGCCUUAUUAAAUGAGUUUCCAAAAUAAUUUAUCUCAUGUAAACCUUUUGUGAAAUGUUAAUUGUAAAAGAAAAAUGUGUGUUUCCGAAAUACAGUGCACAUAAAAAAAAUAACUGUAAAAGUUACCUAAACCUGUUAAGUAAUCAGAAAGUCUGUAUAGUGGUUUGUUUAAUUUUCAUCUCACGAGUACAUCUCACAUUGAAUUAAUGAGCUGUUAUAAUCUGCUUUCAUUUCUGUUCAUUGAAGUUGAUUAACACAUGUGUUGCAUUCAUACAUACAACAGGAACUAAAAAGACAAAAGUCGGAAUACGAGAGGAGGAAGAAACAGGCAGAGCAAAUAAGAGUGAAGCAGCUGGAAGAAGAUGAAGAGCGAGAGAAAGAAGAGAGGAGAAGAGCCACACUGAAGGUUCAGGAGGAACAGAAGCUGCUCAUGGAGAGGCAAGAAGAGUUGAGGAGGCAAGAAGAAUUACGUAGACAAGAGGAGAGAUUAAGGCAAGAGGAAGAGACGAGGAAGAGGGAUGAAGAGGAAGAGGCAGCCAGAAGAGAAGAGCUGCUGAGGUUACAAGAAUCAGUGAGAAACCAGUGAGUACUAAUCAUUUAUUCACAUCUGUUUUCAUCAUUUCACAUCUGUUUUCAUCAUUUCACAUCCCUUUUCAUCAUUUCACAUCUGUUUCAAAUCAUCUGAUAUCUGUUUUAAUCAUUUCACAUCUGUUUUAAAUCAUCUGAUAUCUGUUUUAAUCAUUUCACAUCUGAUCUUUCAUUGAAGUCAUUAACCAUGAUACAUCAGUGUUUCUCAAAUUAAUGUUUAGUCCAAUGGCCAGAAAUAGGCCUAUUACUUGACUUUACCUCUAACCUGCCAUUCCUUUCAUGUAAGUGUCUUGUUGAAGUUACUCUUAAGUAUUAAUAUAAUAAAAUGCACCAAACAUGCAGUUGGUUGACCAAUUUGAGAAUCACUGUGUGAAACAUACCUUUGUGAAAUAUUACAUUUCAUCCUAUCAUUUUUAUUGCCAUUUCAAUGAAAUAGAUGACUAACUAAACCUCGACUGUGCUUCUAUCUAAUUCAAUCUUUUUCAAUUAGCCUACUAAAGAAAACCAAAUAAUGUUUAAUAAAUCAUAUCAUUGCAUAUUUCUAAGUUGCAAGGUUAAUCCUUAUUUAGUGUAAGUCUCUUCAUCUAUUAAAAAAACUGUUGUAAAUUAAUCUAUAGCUUACUAAUCUUAUAACUUAUAACUCACUUAUUUGAUAAGAUUGAAGUGUUCAGAAAUUGUGGAACAGGGAAUCAGAAAAUGAACAGUAAGAUUAAAUACUCUGAGACCAAGAUCCCUUGCAUUAUACCAUUACUUAUUUUUAUUGAAAAUUUAUUUAUUUAUUAACAUUUCCUGAAUUAUUUUUAAAAUAUGAACUAAAAAAUAAAAAUUAAAAAGACUAUCGCCAGAGUUAAUAAAGCCUAGAAACUAGAUUUGACAAAAUGUUUGAAGGUACUGGAUACCGCUGUGAUUGAUUACCUGCCCUUUAUUUAUUUAGGAAUUAUUUUUUUUUGUGUUAAAUAUUGAGUGUGUGUUGUUUUGGAGGAUAACAAAAUUAUUUUUGCACUGAACCAAAACAAUUUUAAAACUUUUUUUUUAAAUGUUUUUUUUUUAUUAAUACACCAACUCCCCACCCCCUCUCCCCUUACCUUUUGUUUAGAACUUUAAUACUUCAUUUUAAAAAUAUAAUUAAAAAGUCUUUAAAGAAUAAGUUUAUGCCCCAAAAUAGUUGAACUUCCCUGGAAAAUUAUUGUGCUGAUAAUAAACUAAUAAGAAUAGUAAUUUAAAUCCCUGGAGAGAUUGACAUUUUUGUUGACAUUUUUUCAAUGCAAAAUUCCCAUAAAAUUGACAGGAUUUUAACAAAAAAAUUGACUUAAAUUAUUACUUUUGUGAUUGUUAUGAGAUAAAUAUUUUGAUAAGGGAAGAAAAUGGUUAUGUUUGAAGUGCCACAAUUAACCACAGUUUACCAAGGGCUAAAUUAAUCAUUGACAACUUUAACACCACUUGUAAAAAACGUGAGCAUCUUGUGACAACCUAAGCAGUCCCGGAUUAAACUUACAGCAGCAUAAAGCACAUGCCCAGGGGCCCAGCGCGAAUGAUCCAAAUUUUCUCUUUUUUUUUUUUUUUUUUUUUUGGGGGGGGGGGGGACAGUUUAAUUUGUUUAUUUUGAAUGUAGCUUUAAUGAAAUAGUAUAAAGCAGUCAUGGACAAGUCAGCCAGCUUCAUACAUAAAAAGUUUUUAAAUAAAAGGGAAAAAAGGUAAGGGAAACACUAGUCACAAAAUGGUUAUGUUUGAAGUGCCACAAUUAACCACAGUUUACCAAGGGCUAAAUUAAUCAUUGACAACUUUAACACCACUUGUAAAAAACGUGUGCAUCUUGUGACAACCUAAGCAGUCCCGGAUUAAACUUACAGCAGCAUAAAGCACAUGCCCAGGGGCCCAGCGCGAAUGAUCCAAAUUUUCUCUUUUUUUUUUUUUUUUUUUUUUUUUUUUUUGGGUGGAGAGGGGACAGUUUAAUUUGUUUAUCUUGAAUGUAGCUGUAAUGACAUAGUAUAAAGCAGUCAUGGACAAGUCAGACAGCUUCAUACAUAAUAAGUUAUUAAAUAAAAGGGAGAAAAGGUAAGGGAAACACUAGUCACCACAAACUUUUCCCAAGAUACGGUAGGAGUGGGGAUGCGGAGGGGGUGGUCCGCUCCUUGCAGCACCAUUUUCUUUGUAUGGAGGGGUGACAUUUUCUAGCAAGUGCAGAGUUUUCUCUGUGGAAGGGGCAGGGAGAAAAAAUCUUGGCCCGCCCCAGGCUGCACUAAACCUAGCUACGCCACGGUUACCGGAAAUUUGAUUGAAAGAAAUUUCGUUGACGGCAAAUGGAUAGAUGGAAAUUUUAUCGAACAGAAAUUUAGUCUAAACUUUUUUGCAGUUCACACGUUAAAUUUUAGUCAAAUUUCUUUUUGAACGCACUAUACUAUAUAGUGAAACAAAAUAAUGCGUUCUCAUAUAUAAUUUAGAUGAUAAAAUAUUGACUUAGGUUUCAAGUUUGAGUUGAACAACAACCACGUUGUGUUGGCUAAGAACGGGUGAUAACUGCAGUCAUUGAAAACAAAAAAAUGGCACUCUUCUUCAACAGAAAUUCAGAAGAGAACAAGCUGAAGCAGAUAGGGGAAAUCCAGAAACCCCCAGAAUCCAAACUUGCGGACAGAAACAAAAUAACAAACAAGUAUGAACAAAUCUUGUUCCACUAUUUAUUUAAGAAUCUUCUUGCAUGCUCAGCUCUAAUUUUUUUUUAAAGAACAGAUAAUAACUUUGAUUUCAAGGAACAGAUAUUGACUUUGUUUAAAAAAAAAAGAUUUUGACUUUAGUAUGGAGAUAUUUAUGACUCAAUUUUUAAACCUGAGUAAAUGAUCUAAAACUAUGUACUAGUCUUUGUAGGGAAAUAAUAUCAUCAAUAUACAAAUGUUGGUAGGCAGUUAAUAUCAUCAGUUUGUAAGUUUCCUUGUUAAGUUUUAUAAGGUUUUGGUUGUUAACUAUAAGCAGCAAAUAAAUGUUCAUGAUUUUUCACUUAUAUUUUUAAACAUGAGCUGUGCAUGAAUUGCAUGAGAGCUUUAGUUAUCAUCAUAUCAUACAGAAUAGUUACCUUCUCAUGUUACCUGAGUUGCGAUAAGAAUUGAUGAGAUGAAGGUUGAGCUAUUUUUUUGGCACCCACUCCUUCCCAUGCAUACACCUUGUGCAGCUUGCCCGCCUUCCUUCAGAAGAAGCAUCCUUUAGGUUCUUGCCUUCCUGAUAAUUCUCAUGUUAUAAUUUAAUAGCUAACAAUUUUUCUUUUUAAAACUUUGUAAUACCUUGGUAAUAUUUUCUGAAAUAAUUCUUCUGACUAUCAGUAAACCAGCAUUUGGCAUGACAUCUCUCUGUUUAAAAAUGGAUUUGUGAAUUCAUGAUGAUUUUAAAAACUAUAAACUACAUCCCAACCCCACCUUUCCUCUUCCACACUUAACACUGAAAUUAAUUUAUUGUAAUAUUUAUUGACUUUUUGUACAUUUUGUUUUCCAAAUGAAGAAGUGUAUUAAAGUUUGGGUAUGUUUGUUAGUUCUUAGCAUGCUUUAUUCCCCAACACUCCAUCUUUCGUUUGAUGCCCUCACCCCCUCCCACCAAACUGUGAGCUAAUGUUAACAUUGCUUCAAACCUGCUGCGCUUUAUUUCUAAAUAUGUCUGUCCCAUUGCUAUGUGACAAAACACGUCUUUUGGAUCGCUGUGGGUCAAAAUUAGAUCUUAUUUUAAACGGCCACAUUACUUUCUGCUGAACAAGCACAUUUUUAAAAUUGUAUACAUAUUUUAUUUGCAGCUCUAAUUCUCAAAAAUUUCUAAAAAUAAAUAAAUAGCAAGAUAGACCUAUGUUUUUAAUUGCUAUCUAAUCGAGUUGGGGGGGGGGGGGUUCCCCCCACAUUAUUAUUAUUUUUUUUUUUAAAAAGACAUUUCAUUUCAAAAUGUAACAGCAAUUGACUUAUUGGUGUCGGUUCAAGCAUGCUCCCCUUUCUAUUGGUGGUGGACCCAAGUUUUAUUAUGCAGAUUUACAUAUUUUGAUCGCAUAAAUAGAUGACCUCUCAAUCUUAAUAGAAAUCAUACACUUUUUUUCUUCCAAAAUUCUAAUAAAAGAAGUACAACAGAUAAUAAUAUUAAUAAAUUGUAAAAACAUUUUUUUAAACUCAAAAAUGUGUGGCAAUAAUGUAUUCUUUUGGCAGUAUUUCAAUAAGACAGCACUUGAAUCAACAUUGUUAUUAUGGUGCUGACCGAUUACUUGAUAUCAUUUGUAACACAUGUGCAGACAAAUCACACCGAACUAGUCAUAAAUCUGACAUGUCCCACUUGAACUAGUCACAUGGAAGGGUCCAAUCUUGUAAAUGAAACCUUUCUGGGUGAUCUGACCUUGAACCUGCCAUAUUCUCCAACCACCUUGGCAACACCCACUUCAAUUUUCUUAUUACCAUAGUAACACUAUCUAAACCAGCGAUUCUCAACCUUUUCAGUGCCAAGUUCUGGAAAACCACAACCUGGAUGAUAAGUGAAAUAAAGGAAGUGGACGUUGACUGUAAUUAAUUUGCCAAUAUUUAAAUUUAACAACCUAUAGUUUUUAUAUACUUAUGAUAAGCCUUUAUUUUAGCUAUUAAACCAUCAUCAUUUGGCAAUGAAACGGAUUGAACUAUUAUUAUUCAAAUUUUUUCUGGUAAUUGUUUUUAAAAUUUGGAAAGGAAUGAAAUAAGGUACAAAAAAAUGAUCAUUUUUACUACUUUAAAAAAAUUCACAUUUCUGAAGUUCACAAGCGAUCCAUGGCACAUUGUGAGGGAAUCACAACUCGCAGGUUGAGAACUGCUGAUCUAAACUAAUCCAUUUCUUUACUAAACUGCUGUGCCCCUGCUUGUCAUCUUUUUCUUAUGAAGUCAUCCAAUGUAUAAACCUUUUGAAUACAAUUGUAAACAUACAUUAAAUGGCAGAAACUUUCAUUAUCUAAAACCAUGAAAUAUACUUUUUAAAAAUGAUUUUUAGUAUGUUAAUAAAUUUUGAAAAUUAGAUAUUCAUUGUUCGAUAUUAAGAUAUUGAAAAGUUUCAAGUUCUAUUUUGCACAUACUCAAGACUCAAUUAGUUAACAUAAACAGCUAUUGGUGAUUUUUAAAACAUGGGAAUUUUUUUCUUUUUUUUCCUUAAUUCGCUCUGCUUCAAAUCUCAGCUAUCCAUCUCACAUAUCACAUGUAAACUUGAAUAACAUAAUUUUUUUUCUCCUUUAUUAACAUUCCACUACUAAGUAAUUAAGGUUUAACCCAUUCAGCUUUUGACCUACUGGUAGAGCCAUCGCGUGGGCCGUGCAACCCCAUGUGGCUGCCGGGGGCCUCUGAUGUAUGGAAAAAAAUUUUUUACGCCCUCAACUAUUUAGGGUGCAAAAAACCGAAAAGUGACAAAAGUCACGCGACGGCUCUGAUUACCGGUGCAUGAGUUGAUUUAGAGAUCUUCUCCAUGCUGGCUUUUUAACUCCUUGUAUCUAUCUGGGUCACUGAAGUUGACUCUUUAAUUGACCUAGUGCAAUGUUAGCUUCCUAUGAAAUUUCUUUAUGCCAUUAUAUGUAAAUAAACUCUUAGCUUUUGACAUUGUUUUGUGAUGGUAUUAACUCAUAGGCAUGGUGGCCAGUUUCAUUUGAAUCAUUUAAUGUUUACAAUAAAUAACAAAAAACAUCAAAAUUGUUUUAAAAAAAAAAAAAAAAAAAAAAAUUUAAUUAAAUACAUAUUUUGUGAUUGUAUUAACUCAUAGGCAUGGUGGCCAGUUUCAUUUGAAUCAUUUAAUGUUUAAAAAAAAAAACAAAAAACAUCAAAAUUGUUUUAAAAAAAAAAAAAAAAAAGAAUUUAAUUAAAUACAUCUGUUUUAAUUUUUAUUACAUAUUUAUAGACUCAAGUUAAAUUAUUUUUUUGUACAAAUUAUCUUUGUAUAUAUAUAUAUUUCUUUGUUUAAGUUGAGUUAAAAAACUUUUGUAAUUUUAUGAAUGUUAUUGUUCAAUUCUUGACCGUCAUGUUAAAGAGAUGAAGACCAAUUAAGGAUCAAUGUAGAAACAGGCCAUCAGUGAUCAUCUUAAGCUUAAGUGUGGCUGAUUUAUUUUAAUUUUUGUUUUGUUUUGUUGAUUCCCCCUGAACAUCUCUAGCUACUACAACUACACUAACUCCCAGACCAACUCCCGGCCUCACAAUGCCCCACCACCCCCACCAUCAUCUUCAUCCUUCCAUCCGCCGCAACCACCUAAAUCUCUUCCCCUGCAUGGCUUCAAUGGGCCCCUAAGCCCAACGCCGUCAUCGACAUCGUCAUCCACUUCAUAUCCACUGUCACCGCAGCAGCAACAAGGGAAUGACAGUAACUACAUCCUUACUGAACAUGAGUAUAGGUAGGACGAAAACACAGUGUGUUAGCCUUUUCCCUCGUAUAACAUUUAUAUUAGCAUUGAAAUCUUUAAUCUUGGAGUUGGUACUUUUUUUAACUUUCAGAAAUGUUUUUUGAUUCCAAUAGGCCUGGUUUAAUGAAAAGUUUUACUCAAUUAAGAAACAACACAAGGUCAAUCCUCAUUUUUCAUUCUUAAUAAUUUUUAAAUAUAUUAUUUCUUUUUGAAAGGUCUUACUUUAAAUGAAAUAGAGAGCCACUCUCUUGAUGUAGAGUUGAUAUAAUUAUUAUACGAGGGAUUGUUUAAAAAAUAUUCAAAGUUUUUUUUUUAAUACAAAUUUUCCAAUCUGUUAUUUAGAACUUCAUGACCAUUAUUUCCAAUAACUUAACUUUAUAUUCAGUGUUCUUAACAGCCUGACAGUUUGGGAGGCAAAAUAGAACAUCAAUGUACUACUUAAUGAUAAAAUAUUGCUUAUUGCAUACUCAUUGUAAGCUAACUCAUGAAAUCUAAGUGUCGAUAAUAAAGCUCGAGAGGUUGUCAUCUAGCUUUUUAGAAAGAAAAGAAUGAGAAAAGGAGGAAAGUUGACUUCAAAUUCAAAAGGUAAUUAGGAAGUAGACGAAACCAAAAUCUAAAAUUAUGGGAUAGGAGAAAGGUGCAUUGGAUGCGAGUACAGAAAAGGCCGAAAAGUUUCAAAGUGAAACAUUGCAGUCCUCUGCAAUAAACAAUUGGAGAUAACCGACUUUCUUAGCUGCAGGUCUUACCCCGAGACAUCCCUUUAUCAGAACCUUAUAUGAGUCACAAAUAUCCCAUAAGUUCAUGACCUAUCAAAUUUUUACUUAUCAUCCCCAAAAGACUAUCUGCUAUCUAUCUAUCCCCAAAAUUGUCUUCUUCUUAACCCUGAAAUACAUAAGACUUUGAGUUAACCCUGAAACACAUUUUAAUGUACACAUAAAGUCACUUCUGACAUUUCCUUCAAGUCUUCACUAUCUUCAUUUACUUCCACAAGUUUAUUUCUGUAACCUGCUUUCAUUUACUCAACUAAAACUUACCUGCCAUUAGUCCAUUUACAUACAAUCAAACCAUUCUUCAUAUUUCUCUAUUCUCCCAUUGUUUGAUAUUUAAAAAUUUCCUGAUUACCUCUUGAAUUGACUCCGGCUUAAUACAGGCGGCUUCAUAUUUCAAUUCAUUGAGUUAAUUACUAUGGCCAUACAUUUUAAUUGCAAAAUCCAGUGUUAGAUUUAGGAGAAAUGUUCAACAUUUUGAGACAUUCAUAACAUUUUCUCUUGGAAGUUGUUUGAUUUCAUCUUUAAUCUUGAUUAGUUGUGCCAAUUUGUUUGAACUCUUCAUUCUUUCCUUCAUCUGGCUGCUUGCUUUCAUCUGAAUGUUUCCCCUUGCAGCCGGUGGCAGGAUAUUUAUUUUUAUGGUUUGCCGUUUGCUAUAAGCUUUAAUUGGGUGCUUUUUGGAUGAAGGUUCAGCUCAAGAGUUUGUCAUCCAAUCAAUCUUAAGGGUUGGUGUUAUAAGGCUUAGGUACCUCUUUUUGGUGUUUUAUCUUAAGAGCCAGACACUUAAAAAAAAAAAAAAAAAGAUAACUUUCACAAAUAGCAUCACACUUACAGUACUUCUUUAAUACAAUUCUUUUUUUUAAAAAUGUAAACCUUGUGAGUUGAACAAAAAUUGUGCUUUUCUUUUUUUUGUGUGCAUGGUUUCUCAUAUUAUAUUUGUUAAAAAUUAUAAGCUCUUAAUAGAUUUUAAUGUUGAAGAGUAAUAGCAUUAACCCUUACUGUGCACUGUUUGUUCAGAGGCUGCUCAGAUCAUACCAUAAUGAUGAUAAUGCUUAACAAAUCUCAAUCUGCAUAAAACAUGAAUCUUAAUGUGAAGAGCAAAUUUUCACUACAUAAAUUACUUAGCUUUUUUUCUCCUUGAGCCACCUUCUCAAACUGUUAUGCUCCUUUCAAAAGGUUUGCUGGAUGAAACAUUUAGUUAAUGCAUGUUAAAGGUUUCGUUGACUUGACAAAUAAUAAUCAAAUGCACAUGUCAAAUUUACUUCCACGAACUUGACACGUCCAACAGAAAUGCUCUCAGCUCCCAAAGCUUCAAAGAGCAGCGGAGGCUCGCCAACAGCACCCAGUAUCGACGGGCGGCGUCCGAUACACUGAAGAAGCCCGGCCAGCCGUCGCCCAACUCGCAACACGUGGACACCCUUAACUAUAUCAACAGAAAGUGAGCAUGUGACACACUUGUUGUAAUGGUGGCGGAUUGGCCAUGGGAGGGAAGACAUGAUUAUUGUGUGUCUUUUUUUUUUCUUUUUCUUUUUUUUAGAAUUCUCCCCCUUUUUUUGUAAUGUUUCUUCCUUACCUCCCUGUUUUCCUAUGACAUUCAAAAACCUGCAUACCGUACAUUUUUCUCAUUUUAUCACUGCUCAUGGGUUCAAGUUAAUGCUAUCCACAUUCUCACAAAAAUUGUUGAUCAAAUGUCAUUUCUUCUACAAAGUGCUUGCAGAGGGCAGGUCUCUUACACAAGAAUCCAAUCAACCAUCACGCAGUAAAAAAGUCGAUCGUUUGGGAUGAUGAAUGGCUACGCCGUCAGUCUUAGACCAAAACUGCAAAAUGUGUUCAGUUCAUGCAAAUAUUCUCACAAACCUUCCAGGAUGAAAUAAUUAAAGGAACAAUUAAAACACUCUGGAUAUAUAAUAAUGUGAAAUCUUUCACUUUCAUACACAAUCCAAAGUUGGCCAAGUCUUACCAGAACCUUCUGUAAAGUGGUUGUUUUUUUAUUUUAAAGUCUUACUUUAACUGAUGUGGACAGGAGAAAUAGAAUGUAUCAAUAUUUACCUCAUGUAGUUGCACAUACCACCGCCAAACACCAACAUCAUUGAAUGUCUUACACUUGUUUUGUGCUGUUUAUGGUGCUUCAAUUUAGCCAGCUUUGUUGCUUUAUUGCUGUUGGUGGCACACACAGAUGGCAUUUCUUACAAGUUCGGGGUCAGAUAUUUUCUACUGAUCUACUUGUAAAAAUAUUCUUUGACAGUUAUGUUAAAGGAUCUUCAAGUCAAAACGGGAAAAAAAAAAUGUUUUCAUUUAAAAAUAACUUUAAAAAAUCACUAUUAUAAAACCAUUCCUUUAAUUAAGUUUAAUCCUUUGAGAUAAAGUCUAAAGAAAAGUCAUUUUAUUUUGUUUGAUGCAGUAAAAAAAUUCUGUAAUGUAAAGGCUGGAGCUAAAAACAAUUAUUUACUGAAAAUAUUCACUGCCCAAAUAUCACGCUUUAUAUUCUGUGCACCUCAUUUCUUCUGGCCAUUAUAAAAACCUGCCGGCAAUAUCUGUGUUGUGAAUCCACCCGACUGUACAAUUCUAAUACCAUACCAACCCCCUUUCCUCCACUCUCCAGUGGUGUUUCUGAGACUCAUGUUUCUGAGAACUCCAGAUUGUCUAGCACCUCCACAACUCCGUCAGUCUCACCCAGUCCCAGUCCCAGAAACUCUGUAUCACAGCUUGCCAAACCGGGUAGCCCCAGCGGCUCGACGUCCCACCUGGCUAAACCCAGCAGCCCUAUGGGCUCAAUGUCUCAACUGGCUAAGCCCACCGGGAACAAAUCGGCUGUGCCCCGUGCUAAUGGUCCCGCCAGCGCUGGCCAAAACCAGGCAGUCAGAAGGACAAAAAUAGCAGGGGAAAGGUAGUUAUCAUGUUGUCAAAUCAAGAACAUGCACAAUACAUUGAUUAGUAAAUUGAAUUUGGGUAUUAUUUUACCUUGAAGAAAGAGUUGAUCAGUUUUCAACAUUUGAUCAGUUUUCAACAUUUAUUAUGAAAUAAAUAACUUUUAAAAGCCUCUGUGCAUUCACUAUUAAUAAUAAUAAAAUCAUUCUUUUUUAAAAAUAAUAUUUUUUUUGCCACCAAAACUUUUGUUUUUAGCACUCUGAUAUAAAAAUAAUAAUAGCAUUUAAAGUUGUACCGGGUAUUUUAUAACUAUAAAUUAUAACUUAUAAAUAAUAUAUAAAUAAAAUAAAAUAUAUAAAUUAUAAAUUAUAACUAAUUUUUUUAUGCUGGCAAAGUAAGUUAGUUUAGACAGUUAGUUUAGACAGAUAGCUUAUGCAACAUUAUCUUUUAGUUGCUUGGGUAGUUGAUCUUACUAUAAAAUCAUUUAUUUCCUCAUAAUUGUUUGUAAAGAUUCACUCACAUAUUACCUACUAAGUGUUUCCUACUUACCUCAGGGCUGUACAUAAAUAUAGUUAAUCAUUAAAAACAUGUUGGCCAAUAGCACUGACCUAUUAUGGUGUUGUUUACCAGUUCUUAUAUAAUUUAAUAUUUAUAUACAGUGUCAUUUAUUUUUUUGUAAAUGAAAUUUAUUUUUAUCUGUCAGUUAUCAAUACUAUUUUAUUCUGAGCCCUUUAUCAGUUCUCCUUUUCUUUUUUUUCUUUCUUCAAAUAAUUUAACUCAACUAAAUGUCAAUAUAAAAUAAUUUAAGUCUAUCUGGGAUCAAGCAUAUUAACCAUAAAAAUGGAAUAUUAUUUCUAUGCCCAAUUAAAAUAUAAUAUGGUGAGAAUCUUUAUUUAACAUUGUUGUUGAAUUUUGUUUAAAAAAUGUAUCAUCCUUAAAAAAAAAACAGUUAAUAGUUGGGGACUUUGUUAAGGCUGUUUGAUAGGGACUUUGUUAAGGCUGUUUGAUAGGGAACUUGUUAAGGCUGUUUGAUAGGGAACUUGUUAAGGCUGUUUGAUAUUUUUUAAACUUAAUAAUAUAUUUAUCAGUUAUUUAUAGCCUGGUUUGUUUGAAAUUAAAAGUUGCUUAUUUAAGACUAUGUAUAUAGAGAUUAACAUGGGUAUAUAAAAAAAAUGACAAGGUGUGGACUUACUAACUCGUUUGCAACAAAAUCACCCACCCAUCCUUACCCCCCCAUCCUCUCCCACCUUCUCACCCAUUCAUUCCCCCUAUCCUCUCCCACAACCCACCCCUCCAUAUCGCCCAUACUCUCCCAUCACCCACCCAUCUCUAUACUCUCCCAUCACCCACCCAUCCCCCUAUCCACUCCCAUCUCAUUUACAACUAAAUCAACGUUAUGGUUACCUGGACAAGGUGGUCACCAACAAAAAUUUUUUUAAAAACCUUGCUUUAUAAUUGACUUCAAUGACAAGUGAACCAUUAAUGCUGUAGGAAUUCUAAAAGUAGCUCAAUUAAAUACAUGUCAGGCCCUUUCCACCGAUGGAUAAGUUCACAGUAGUGCAUCUAUAGCAUUAUAAUCUAUCAUUGUAGGCAUUAACAGUAGAAGCAUCUGUGAAUUGGAAGCAACAGCCAUUUCAUACAGGCAUACACAAAUAUGAGCUUUGGAGGAGGGCUCCAAUUGUAUAUCUUAUAUAACUGGAUGGGACAUGAAACUUAUCCAAAUAUCAUCAAUAAUUUACAAUAAAUUAUCAUAUUAACCUGACUUCAUUUUAUUGGGGUCGACAGUGAAGAGAAAUAGAAAUGAUAAAAAAUGAGAAAUUAUAAUUGUAAGUUGAAGAAUAAAAGAAAAACACAUGAAGGUUUUAUUUUUGCUUACGUAGCAUAAGAGAAUAAGUGCUUCCCUAUCUGAAGCAUCAAGCUUAUGAAAUACCAUACUUGUAUGAUGAGACAAUGUCUGCCUGUUUAUUAAGUUCUCAAGUGUAUUUUGACAUUGCAAAGAUUAUUUUAUCACCGAUUGGAAACAAAAAGUGUGUAAGGCUGCAGACAUUCUAUGAUAAGCUGUCACUGUGUAUGAAUAGGUUUGAUGUUAAAAUGGUUUGCAAAUGUUCCAACAUUGACCUCCGAUUCCUGCACAGCUCCAGCACGUCCAGUCCAGCCACGGCCAGAUCGGCAAGAACCACCUGCCCGACGAAUCUAAGAGCUCAAGGCUCGGCCCUGAACCCGUCCACAUCAAACUUGAGGCGCAGCAGUAACAGUAGUACGACGGUAAGAAAUUGUUCCACGGAUGUUUCUCAAUGUUUUUUUUUGCCUUUUCAUAGCAGUUCCUUCUCGCCUCUCAUUAAUGACCGUACCUCAUUUGAAAAAAGCAAGACGUGCUGAUAGUGUUUCUUACAGCACGGCCAUAGCUUGAAAUUUUUCUGUCGUAAUUCUCAUUUUACAUCUAGUGUAUUGUAACAUUAAACAUUUUUUUUUAAAAUUUAAAAAAAACAAUGCUCUGUGGCCUUGGAAUUUUAAAUAUAAAGUUAACAUUGUACUGUAUCCAACCAAUAAAGAUUACGGGUUGACUUUUUCAGGACGAUGAUUCUAAACCAAAGAAAGGACCAUCAACCCCAACAGAACCUACCAGACUGAAAUCUCGACUAGAGGAGCCCAAGCAGAGAGCGGCAGUUCAAACAUCGGGAAUAAAGGUAAAUAUUGAACUGUACACUGUACAGUUCAUACGCAGAUAAUGCAUGUGUAUCUAUGCCCAUAUUUGUAUACAAAACAACUUUACAUAGAUAUGUAUGCUGUAAACAUUAAAAUCAGUUCACAUAUUUCCCUUCAUUUGUCCAGAAAACUGCCCCACCAGAAAGUGCAGACACAAACAGACGGAUCCAAACUCGCCCUCCAACCAAUAACUUUGGUUCAGGUCGAGGGAGAAUAGGUACGACCGCAAUUUGAGUCAAAGUCAAUAGGUGUUAUUUCAUAGUCACUAGGUGUUAUUUCAUAGUCAGUAGGCGUUGUUUCAUAAAGCCAAUAGAUGUUAUUUCAUAAAGUCAGUAGGUUUUAUUUCAUAAAGUCAAUAGGUGUUAUUUCAUAAAGUCAUUAGGUGUUAAUUGUAAAGUGAAUUUAAACUCAAAAGAGAUGAAUAGAGAGAUCCUAGAAAGUGUUGUAGUACAUUGAGUUUAUAUUGAACUGACAAUCUAUCUAAACAGGUUUAUUUGGUGGGACAUUGAUUUUAUAUUGAAUUGACAAUCUAUCUAAACAGGUUUAUUUUAUUUUAAGGUGUAAAAAUGAUUGAAGACCCAUCAGCUAUGAGACGGAGAGAGGAACAGCACAGAGAGGAGGCUGAGCAGAUGGAUCGAUUACGACAGGUGAGUUAUCAGCUGAUGGAUCGAUUAUGAUAGGUGAGUUAUAAGCUGAUGGAUCGAUUUCGACAGGUGAGUAAUGAGCUCAUGGAUCGAUUACGACAGGUGAGUAAUGAGCUGAUGGAUCGAUUACGACAGGAGUUAUAAGAAGGUGGAUUAAUCACAACCGGUGAGUUAUGAGAAGAUGGAUUGGUUACGACAGUUGAGUUAUAAGAAGAUGGAUUGGUUACGACAGUUGAGUUAUAAGAAGAUGGAUUGGUUACGACAGUUGAGUUAUAAGAAGAUGGAUUGGUUACGACAGUUGAGUUAUAAGAAGAUGGAUUGGUUACGACAGUUGAGUUAUAAGAAGAUGGAUUGGUUACGACAGUUGAGUUAUGAGAAGAUGGAUUGGUUGCGACAGUUGAGUUAUCACCCUUCAUACCCCCUCAAAUAUCACACACCCUUCCAUAUCUCUAUCCUCUCUCCCAUCACCCACCCAUCCUUACCCCCAUCUUCUCCCAUCACCCACCCAUCCCUAUUUCUACUCUCUCCCAUGGCCAACCCAUCCCUGCCCCCUAUUCAUUACCGCCUCACCCUUGCCAACACCACCUUAACAAACCCAAUCUAACAAUUGAUCGUGAAAACCAGCAACGCUGAGAGAGACAUGAUGAUGACUGUUAUUUAGCAUAUUCAUCCAUUUUAUCUUGAAAUUCAGCUGUCAUCUUAAAAUAGAUCUUAAAAUUUAAUGGACUAUAUUUUUCUUAGUGAUAUUUUAAGUCAUCUUAAGUCAUUAGCAUGUCUGCUAAUCCGUAAUCAUUCUGUGACAUGCAAAGGCUCUCAUUGAUGUACACAUAGAUGUAUUGAAAAACAAAGUGGUCAUGUAGUCUUAGUCACUUUUUACAAAAAAAUUUGACUAACCUUUUGCUUCACAGACCAUUGAGUCCAGACUGCGAGUCACUCUGCCGGAUAAUCUUGCAGAGGCACUGAGGGAUGGUGUGGUGCUAUGUCAUCUUGCCAAUCAAAUUCGACCCAGAUCUGUGGGAAGCAUUCAUGUGCCCUCACCUGCUGUUGUACGUAUUUUUAGAUUUUUUAAUGAAAUUUUAAAAAAAACUUGUAACAUUUAAGUAGAGAUUUCAAAGCCACUAUUCAUAUUUCAUUUCUUCUUUUUUGUUUUUUUAUACCCAGUUAAUCAUUCCUUACGGCAGAGCUACUGCCGCACUUAAUUUAUAUGCCUGAGGAAGGGAAGUAACUCCAUUUUGCAAUUGAUUAACAUUUGUAUAAUAUUUUUUAAGCUGCUAAAUAGUAAUUAAUGUUAAUGUAUAAAGGACAAAUGCAUCAAAAAAUGAAUAAUGUUUCAUAAAAAUAUAACUUUACUACCGAAAAACGAAUAAACAUAGACAAAAAAAAAUCGAUUUUUGGCACCUCGGGUGAACACAUGCUAGAUAUAGACGCGCUUUACAAAAGGGCAUGUAGUUUUAAAGUGAAACAAUACAAAUUUCUGGUUUUUAACUCAUGUCCUCCUGAAAUGCUACUUCCGUCUUUAAUUUAUUUGCCUGAGAGAGGGAAGCAACUCCGUUUUGCCAUUGAUUUACAUUUGUGAAAUAUUUAUUUAAGCUACUAAUACUAAAUAUUAUUUAAUGUUAAUGAAUUAAGAACAAAUGCAACAAAAAAUGAUUAAGGUUUAAUAUAAAUAUAACAUUAGCGGGGAAAAAAUAAUGAACAAUGACAAAAAAAAUUUGAUUUUCGGCACCUGGGACAAACACAUGCUACAUAUAGACGCGCCGUAUUAAAGCACACGUAGUUUUAAAGUGAAACAAGAUAAAAACUUCCCGUUUUUACAUUAAAAUCACGUAGAAUCAGGCCAUUGCCGGAAGUCUCGAGGGACGGGAUAUUUCAUUGCUAUUUUAAACUAUAAAUGAGAGAGGUUUGUCGCUAUGCACAGGGAUGCAUUUGGACGCUUGCGUCGAAACCCCCAAAGGAUGCAACCGCCGGAAAUGAGUUAGGAGCGUAAUUGUUUUUGUCUGUUCAUAUAUUUGUAUGUGUUACGCACUGACUUGUAUUGGGGGAAAUUAAUCUCCUAUUUUAAUUUUAAUUGGCUCGUUGUUAACAGUGCCUAACAAAGGACGAUACCAUAGAAUCAACAAUAUUAAAGAUACGACCCAAAACAGUUUCUAGUUACAAUUAAUAAGAUUUAUUAUGUUUUAAGAUAAUUACAAAAGAAAAGAAAAAUAUAAUUACAAUCUUCAACUUACAGUAUGGUAGAUCUCGUACCGGUACACAGUUAAUACAAUUAGAAAUAAUGUGUCAAUGAAUAAUGCGAAAUAAACACAUAUGAGCACACAAAUACACAAAGAAUAAAACACGCCUCGUAAUGUUAAGAAAAUCUAUCUAAAUCUCCGUCCCUCGUCCGUGCCUGUCAAUCCCUUAUAUAGGUGGGUCUACCGACGCCCAAGCCCUGCCUUCGAGCAGCUACAUGACAUUUCUAGAAAAAUCAAAAUCAUUCUACAAAAUACUAUUUGGAACAGAUUUAAUUAUUUUUAUUCGUUGGCGGCGUAAACAAGAAUACAUCAAAGACCUAAGCCACACCCCUUUGUGAACACAACGUCUCAUGCGGGGACAAUCAGAGGGCAUGCACGAGAAAUAUUAUGUAAACAAGCUCUCUAUAACAGUAUGUCUUUAAAGGGGUUAAAAUCUGUCAAUAAAUCUCUUUUCAGCCGAAACUGACACCAGCCAAAUGUCGAAGAAAUGUAGACAACUUUUUGGAUGCCUGUCGAAAAAUAGGAGUAGAUCAGGUUAGCUAAUGAAACACUAUUUUUUUUUUAUUUUUUUUUUUAAACGUGUUUAUUUUAAUGUUUUCAGUUUUUAUUUGAUGUUUGUCUAGCAUCCCUACAGCUUAGAAACAUAUACAUUUUUUAAAAAGAAUUUUCUUAAACAACAACCUUGGUUGUAUUACUAACCAAAAAAAAUCAUAUUUUUCUCUUCUUUACAAAAUGUUUGAAAUGUGGAUAAAUAAAUACAGCGAUAAUUCAAUUAAAUGUAACGUUGAUUUACAAAGGGGUAACAUUUUGAGAAAUGAUAUUUAACUUCAUUCUGAACAAGAACCAUUGAGUCAAGACAAUGAUGUAUAAACUUACACAACAAAUUCUACCAUCGAGUCAAGACAAUGAUGUAUAAACUUACACAACAAAUUCUUCCAUCUGCAUGUUCAAAAAAAAAAAUUUGGAUACAUUCUACAUAUUGAAAAUGUGGAUACGUUCUACUGUAUGUUAAAAUGUAACCUACAAUCUAGGGCAGCAGUUCUCAACCUGUGGGUCACAACCCCUUUACACAGGGGUCACCUAAGACCAUCGGAAAGCACAUAUUUAUGAAGUAGCAACCAAAAAAAAUUUUAUGUUUGGGGGUCACCACAACAUGAGGAACUGUAAUAAUGGGUCGCGGCAUUAAGAAAGGUUGAGAACCACUGAUCUAGGGUAUCUUUGUAUCUUAUGGCCUUGCUUUCCUUGACUUCUGUUGUCAAUGAAUCUCUGGAUCUGUCCUCCGUUAAGUUUCUUAGUGAGGCAUUUUUAAGAUCUAUUUAUUUUUUAAAAUUGUAUUUAAGCUGCAAGCAGGUGUGUUAGUUGUAUUUGAUAACUUAUUUUUUUACAUUAGUCUUUCUAAAUUGUCAUGGUAAAAAUGUAAGAAAUGGUGGGGUAUGACAAAUGGGAUAUGUGGGGGUUUGACAUGGGAAAUGGAGGGGUGGGGCAUAUUGAAAAUGAAGGGUUAUGACGUAUAGGAAAUGGAGGGGUGAGACAUAGGAAAUGGAGGGUUUUGGCAUAAGGGAAACAAAGGGGUAUGACAUAGCGGAAAACACUUUUGCACCUGAAGAGGGAAGGAUUUAGAUGGUAGAUACGCAUGUUAUGAUUUAUUUUGACUGUCCCGCUAUGCAUUAAAGGAAAAACCUUGUCAUUGAAUAAAAAAUGGUGUUUGUUUUUACAGUAAAUUAUGGGAUGGAUUAGCAAGACUUUAUUUGAGCCAUUACGUAGUGUGUGUGUUACAGUAUUGUGUGUGUUUUUGUUGGGGUAGUGUACAUUGUAUUGCGUGUGUAUUUAGGUCACAGUAGUGUACAUUGUAUUGUGUGUGACUUUGUUAGAGUAGUGUAUGUCAUAUUUGUGUGACUUUGUUAACGUCUUACAUUUUUUUUAACAUAUGGGGAAAAAACAUUUUUGAGUAAGUUUUUCUCAAAAUUCUGAUGUGGACAUAUGUUUGGUAUGUUUUGUUUUAUUAUUCUUUCUUCUCGGAAUUGUUGAAUAUUUUAAUUUGACUGAAUAACUGAACAACUUUAAAAUGAUCUUAAUUAAUAGUUAUAGCAAUAAUGUUGCAAACAAAAAUGAUGCAUUGUUUUAAAAAUUCUGUUUAAAAAAACAACAAUUAUUUCAUCAAAUUUUGAUAGCAUAAAAUAAAUUAUGAUUCAUCUUUUGAUAAUGAAAACUUUUCUGUAUGUAAACUGUUGAUCAAUUUUUUCAACCUUUGGCUGCUUGCUGUCCUUAUUUCAUGAAUGUGCUUUUGAUGAUAAUCAACACUUUAUGUAAAUGUCAUUGUUUGAAUAGUUUCUCACCAGUGAGAUAAGAUUCUUUUAUACAUCCAAGUAAAUGGAAAUUUGUUUUGCUUUUUUUUUUUGCACAUGUUCAUUUUUAGCUCAUGGAUAAAACAUUCUGAUUAAGAUAGCAAUUUUAAAACUAGAACAAUUCAAACGUAAGACAGUUCCAGUUUUUCUCAAUGUGCUGAAAGCAGCCAUGAUAUAUUUUAAAUCUUCCUUCCAAAAUGACAAAAAUUGUUUCGAUUUUAUAACGGCGGGGAGACAACCACAGUUUAAGUGGACUAAGUUGGGCCCAUUUAAAAUUUAUUAAUUAAAACACUAUUAUACUGUGUGCACCGGGCCUUUUCGAAUAGUCUUACAAAUCUGGGACAGAUUUUUACAGUGGGUCCACACUUGCACAAUCACACGCGUUAACGAUAUCAUGAAAAUCGUAGGAUUUCUGCUAACGUUUGUUUUUUGCUGUGACAAUGAGAAUAUCCUUAACCACAGAGGCUGAGGUAGUCCAAGUUUAAACACACUAGUUGAAAAAUGAAGGAAUUACCAGGGAACUGUUGUAGUCAUAUGCAGACAUAACAUGUUUGUUUCUUUUUUUUUUAAACUUUUUUAUUACUACUGAUAAAAUUUUGAGGAGAAAAAAUUUGUGGGAAGAAGAACAUAAGAAAGCAAAUAUCUUUCCAAGCCAAAAUUUGAUUAUGGGUACCAUUGACUUAACAUGCAUAUUCUGUCACCUAAUGGGUGGUGUAAUUCAAGGCUACAGGUGGACAUGAGUAAUGUCUACCUUACUCUGGAUGUAUUUUUCGUGUGUCUCCCAGAACGAGUGUACAUUGUACAACACCAAUACUUUGAACAUGUGUCACCCAGAAUGAGGGGCAGUGAUAUGUGGUACAACACCAAUACUUUGAACAUGUGUCUCCCAGAAUGAUUGGCAGUGAUACGCGGUACAACAACAAUACUUUGAACAUGUGUCUGCCAGAAUGAUUGGCAGUGAUACGCGGUAUAACACCAAUACUUUGAACAUGUGUCUCCCAGAAUGAUUGGCAGUGAUACGCGGUACAACACCAAUACUUUGAACAUGUGUCUCCCAGAAUGAGUGGCAGUGAUACGUAGUACAACACCAAUACUUUGAACAUGUGUCUCCCAGAAUGAGUGGCAGUGAUAUGUGGUACAACACCAAUACUUUGAACAUGUGUCUCCCAGAAUGAGUGGCAUUGAUAUGUGGUACAACACCAAUACUUUGAACAUGUGUCUCCCAGAAUGAUUGGCAGUGAUAUGUGGUACAAUGCCAAUACCUUGAACAUGUGCAUGUUUUGCAGGGGUUCCUGUGUGACCCGGAUGACAUCCUAGAGGGCCUAGGCCUGGCAGCGGUGUCAGACACAGUCCAGUCACUAACUGGAUUCCCUCGUCUGGAACCUAUGGACUUCCACACUGCCAACUUUUGUAUUGCUGUCAUUUGUCUGACAUUUCUCGCUGCUGUUUUACAUCCAGUCAUAUUUUAGUCCUUCAAAGGGACUCAAUGAAAAGUUGUGUAUGACUGAUGUAUGAAAAAUACUGUUUUUACGAGUGUACAAUAUUUGGAAGUGCUUGUUUUAAAAAUUGUUUUUUUUUUUAAUGUGCGAAAUCCCACUGUGUUUUUAACUUGUUAAUUGUUAAAUUAUUUAUUUCUGACCUGUAAUGUUAGUGGUAACAACAUGUUAUGUCACUAUGGUCUGUGGACCUCGCUUCCAUAUUAACGCAGGUAUUCUGUAUGUGUCCAUAUUCCCAAUACAGUCAUGAUAUGUCACUAUGGUUUAGAGACAGAUGUUUCUGUCACAAUGAAACAACAAUGUGAUAGCAUGUGUCUGUCAUAAUGAAACAACAAUGUGAUAGACUGUUGAAUGAAUACAUUUUUAAAACUAGUUUCACUUGUUUUAUGCUACAAUGUGAUCUUUACAUUUUCUCAUUUAACCGAUGUUGGUUCUUGUAAAUCACUGUGAGACACUGUGCCAUUCCCGUUGUUGAAUAGAAUAAUUUCCAUGAGUUGCUAUACAAAUGAAUUAAUUAUGAUUUAUUGUUGGGCAAAUUUAUUUAUUUGAAAUUAUAUUGCAUAUUAUAUAUUGAAUCACUGAAUGGUGUAACCAUUUCUCCUUUUCAAGUGAAUGGGUUUUGUGUAACAAUGCUGCACAUUAACUUCAUACAUUUGAUCUAUCUUAACUAUUGUCUAUGGCCUGUAUGUAUUCAUUUUUAAAAAUUGUUACUGAUUAUGAUGUACUAAAGCUAACAUGCACUGACAUUACAAUCCUUACACCACACAUUGCUAAUGGUUAUCUCCCCCAAUUUCUAGGAACAGAUUUGUGGCCCCCACGACAUCUAUGAUGAGAAGGGAAUCUCCAGGGUUGCCAUUACAGUAGCUGCCCUUGUCGCCAUAGGAACCAACCCUAAACAGUCUGCUGUAUGACAGUUGUGUGAGCUGUUGGGAGCUGUUGCGUGCCUCUUGAUCAUGUUGGUCCUGCUAGUGACAGCCACAGAGUUGAUGGGACUUCCUGUCUAUCCGUAUCGUUAAUUCUAGGCCAUCCAUUUCCCUUGUUACCUACAGAUGAUUGCCUCGACAGCUGGAAUGUUCUGUAUUCCAUGAUGUUUAUAAUCUGUACCAUUCUAGAGAGUGGUUGUCAACGCACUCUGUUCAACGGAACUGUUAACUCUUCUUACCUCCUACUCUUGCAUCAUCAUCAUUACCUAAGCUGACAAUCAUGUUUCGCCAACAAUUUCUUCUAGCAUACAGUCCGAAUGAUAAUGACUAACUUUGUGUUGCUAUCUUUUGAUGUGCCAUGUCUUUAAAUAUCUUUGAAAUAUUGGAGCGUCAGAACACUUUUAAAAAAAUUUUGUUUGAAUUAUUUAUGGUUAGAAAUAUAACUUAAAUCUCGGAUCAUUUGGACUGUGAUGCUUGUUAGGGCCGUCGUCGUUCCUCCGCAAACCCCUUCCGUUUUUUCAAAAAAAACACUUAUAGUUUAAUAGAUAGUAUUUAUAAAAAGGAUUCCUUGACCAAGAGGCAUUACUGGUAGGAAAUCUGGUGCAGAUCUUAAAAGGCUGUGAAUGUGUAAUGACCGAAGCUUGAUCACAAUUUUAUCCACAAUCUUUGAUUUGUUUUAGUUAUACAUAAUGUGUAUUUGAUGGAGACUAAGAUUCUAUCUUUUUAGAAUAAUUUGAUCAUUGCCUUUGUUUCAUACUGACUUUGUUGUCAAAACUGCUUUAUGGCAAUACAGAAUUCAGAUUCAAUAAUGAUUUCUUUUUAAGACUGUUCUGAUAGAGUUUUAAUGGAUCACUAAAUUAAUAUUAUUUCUUUUUUAAAAUAACCUGAUGCUGGUUGAAAAAUUGAAAUUAUAGAGCUUUUUAUUUUAAAAUUACCUGACGCAGUAAAAUAUUGGAAGAAAUUUUAUAAAUUAUAGAGCUGUUGUUUUUUUUUCUUUUCUUCCACCACAAAUCUUGGUUGGUCUGUAUGUUUUGUUUGUGAAUGCAAACAAGGGCUGUGCAACAGGAAUUACUGUAAAUACGCUGUGUGACACACUUUUUUUCACAAAGUAAACAUUGGAUGACAGUUGUAUGUUUAUAAGAAUCCAACUGUUAGACGCCUCGCAGUAAAAAUGACAACCUGACGUCUGCUCAAGACUCUGUAAAUGACAUCACCAGUAAGUAAUAUACUUAACAGAUGAGUCUGUUUAUAUCAUGUCAAAACUGUUCAUUUUUUUUGCCUUAAGUUAUAACUGAUUCUAUAUUGGUUCUGUAAGUUAAUGCAUUUAUAAACAUGAAGUUCAAAUGUGAAUACUGUGCCACCUGAGAAUACAAAGACUAAAUUCUCAUCAAAUAGAUGAUAAAAUAGCAGCAGAUUAAAAAAAAAAUUUUUUUAAUACUCAAUCUCAUUUUUAUCACUUAUAUUAGGCUAUUUUACAUCAACAAAACGUGUAACUAACGUUAAUUAAUUAAACAAUGUUCCUAUAUGACUGUACCAAUAUGUUUAUAAUUUGCACUGUUUUUUUGUUUUUUUUUAAUAUUUGUUCUAAAUAAAGUACUUACAAAUUU